GAACCUAAAUAUGUUAUUGCUAUGGGCGCGUGUACAAUUACAGGAGGGAUGUUCAGUACUGAUUCUUAUAGUACUGUUCGGGGGGUCGAUAAGCUAAUUCCCGUGGAUGUCUAUUUGCCGGGCUGUCCCCCUAAACCCGAGGCAGUUAUAGAUGCUAUAACAAAACUUCGUAAGAAAAUAUCUCGCGAAAUCUAUGAAGAUCGAAUUAGAUCUCAACAGGGGGAUCGGUGUUUUACUACCAAUCACAAGUUUUGUCUUGUACGUAGUACUCGUACUGGAAAUUAUAAUCAAGGAUUGCUCUAUCAACCACCAUCUACUUCAGAGAUUCCUCCUGAAACAUUUUUCAACUACAAGGGUUCACUAUCUUCCACGAAUUAGUGAAUUAGGUAGGAUUUUUUUUUACAGAAACAGACAACGAAUUAAUCUUCAUAAAUUCGAUUUCAUCAUAAAUGCGAAAUAUUUAUCUUAGAAAAAUGACAAAUAAAAAAGAAAAGUGCGGGAGAGAUAAAAAGAUGCAGGGUCGUUUGUCUGUUUGGCUAGUCAAACACCGGCUAGUUCAUAGAUCUUUGGGCUUCGAUUACCAAGGAAUAGAGACUUUACAAAUAAAGCCUGAGGAUUGGCAUUCCAUUGCUGUUAUUUUAUAUGUAUAUGGUUACAAUUAUCUACGUUCCCAAUGUGCCUAUGAUGUAGCACCAGGCGGACUGUUAGCCAGUGUGUAUCAUCUUACGAGAAUAGAGUAUGGUGUAGAUCAACCGGAAGAGGUAUGUAUAAAGUAUUUGCUCAAGGGUAACCCUAGAAUUCCGUCUGUUUUCUGGGUUUGGAAAAGUUCGGAUUUUCAAGAACGAGAAUCUUAUGACAUGUUAGGAAUCUCUUAUGAAAAUCAUCCACGGCUGAAACGUAUCUUAAUGCCCGAAAGUUGGAUAGGGUGGCCUUUACGUAAGGAUUACAUUGCCCCCAAUUUUUAUGAAAUACAAGACGCUCAUUGAAUGAUAAGAAACUAAUUACAACUUCGAAUAUUCAAGGAAUUUGUACAUUUUCUUCUAGCUCAAACAGAGGAAUUGAGGUUUCAUUCGUAUUCUUAUGGAUAGGCUAAUAAAUAAAAGAAAUAAAGACAAUACAUCAUUGAGAUUCUCGAUUUUUGAAGAGACUUUUUUAUUUAUUUUAUUUCGGACGAGCCGAGACAAUAGGAUGAACAACAAGGGUUCUGUACCGUGAACUUUGUAUCGCGCACAUCACUUAGAUGAACUCUAGAGAGUCGCAUAGAAGGGAAUGAAGAAAUGGAAUAUGAAAGAGAAUACAAAGAAAUAAAUGAAAGGGGAUCGGCUUCUAUUUGUACUGUAGCUGAGAUGAGUCUUGGUUAUUUCUAUCCUUGAACUCCUCUAGACCCGUCUUUUUGUUGGGCCUUUCAACCAACUAUUUUAAUCUUUUAAUUAAAUAUGUAUGAAGUAUUACCAUUC